UAUGUUAUUUUGUCUAACGGUAUAACAGCUGGUGAGUCACUGGUUUGUGUAAUUAUAUUUCAUCUUGUGAAUAAAAGGUGGAUUUAACUAAACAGAAACAUAUAAUUUCAAUAUGGAGGAAUAUGAAGAUUCUAAGGAUAAAAUGAUAAAAGAAGAAAGUAAAGAAACAGAUAGAACAAGUGUCAAACAUGAUGAACAUUUAGGUGAAAUGUCCAAAGCAGUAAUAUUAAAAAAUGUACUUGUUGUAAGUGUAGCAAGUAUGUAACAAUUCAGUGCUUUCUAUUCAUUUGCUAAUUUACAAAGUUCAUUAAAUAGAGCGGAAGGACUUGGCACAACUGGCCUUGCAUCGUUGUAUACUGUUAUGAUGCUAACGAGUUUGUUUAUAGCACCAAUUACAGUGCAAACAAUUUCUGCAAAGUGGAUCAUGAUUUUUUCAAUGUGUACAUACAUAAUUUACAUGGCAACAGGAUUCUAUUCAUCUUGGUACACGGUCAUUCCAGCGUCUCUAAUUAUUGGCAUUGGAGCUUCCCAUUUUUGGCUUGCAAUGCCAGCGUAUGUGAUCGGCAUCGCAAAAAGAUAUGCUUACAUCACUGACACAGUCAUUCAAGAUAGAGUAACAUUAUUCUUAGGCAUUGUUUAUGCGUUUAUAUUUUCUAGUAAUAUAUGGGGAAACCUAUUUUCGUCGAUUGUGUUUCGACACAAAGAUUCAAAUAAUACCUCGGAGGACUUGGAAAAAUUUUGUGGACCAAAUUACUGUCCUUAUAGAGAUCUCAACAUGUCUUUGAUUGUACCGCCAACGCCAAAACAGGUUUACGUAUUUACCGGAUUCUGUUCAGGAGUAACAGCCGUUGCGAUACUUUUGAUGAUCUCCUUUGUAGCAAACAUAGGCUCUGAGAUCAAUACAUCUUCUUCCAUCUGUAAGCAAUUCCGGAGAGUGGCCGUUCACUUGAUUACCUCAAAGGAACAACAGCUACUAGUUGUAUCAUCAGUAUUUAGUGGCCUGGCAAAUGGUUUUGUCGUAGGAGACUUUACCAGUGCAUACACCAGUUGCCCUUACGGAAUACAUAAUGUUGGACUUGUAAUGAUAAGCUAUGGAGUCAGUCAGUCUUUGUUUAGCGCUGUCUAUGGGAAGCUUAAUCAAUAUACAGGACAUAUUGCAAUUUAUACUUUCGGAUCAGUCAUACAGCUGUCUUGUUACAUAACCUUACUGCUAUGGAAUCCACUUCCAACUCAGUAUGCAGUAGUGUUUGUACUUGCAGCCUUGUCUGGCUUGGCUGGAGCAGCAAACGAACCGGUUAUUUCAGCCCUGCACAAUCUUUAUUUUGAUAAGACUAGAGAUAUUGCAUUGUCAAGUUACAGACUUCUAACCUCGAUAGGAUGGGCAAUAUCGUUUGGAUACAGUAGCUGGUUGUGUUCGCAAUUCAAGAUUUAUAUACUUAUUGGUGUGUUAGUGCUCUCCGUUUUAACUUUGAUAGCACUUGAUAUAAAACAUAAAAGAGACCUUAGACAAAAUGCAAAGGAAAAGGAAAAGGUUGGAGAAAAUUUGAUUGCACUUACGACAUAAGUCUGAAAUACUUUCUUUUCACAACAGUGCCGUUUGCGCUAUGUGGUGUACUAUGCUUAAAUUCAGUGUUGUUAUAAAUAUACUCCGGUCAUCAGCGUGUUGUAAGGCUAAUCACAGAAAAGAAUAUAAUAUAGGGAAUAAUAUCUAAGAAAAUUCUAUACUUUCUUAGAGAGACAUCGUGGUAAUUUUGCUCCAUCUGAUAUCAGGAUACAGUUUACAUGUUGUAGCCUCUACACAAAUUAAGAAAUGUAGAUAUGUUUUAUUUAUAUUUCUAAUUUGUCUUACUGUAAAGAUAUUUGCCAUUUGUAGAUAUUAGAAAUAUUGUUAGUGCCUCUAAGUAGAGUUUACACGUUUUAUUUCUGACUUACCCAGUAUGAUUUUAUUUGUUUAUUUUGUUUUUGGAUCUGCCACCGAUUUAAAACAGUAUUUUAAAUUUUAUAAUGGCAGAGUUAACGUAAUCCAUGUUCCUAGAUUCUAGAGAAUAUUGGCGCACAUGUUUGUUAUUUGGUAAGGAAACAAACUAGUAGCUAAUCAAUGGUUAUUUUUAAGCAUAUUCCCAGCAAUGAGAAACAUUGUUUAAUUAGGUUUUAUUUCAUGAAUGUGACAUUUGUGCAUAAUUUAUGAAACUUAAUAGCUUUUAACGUUAUAAGUUUAAGAUUUAUUGUAAGUUCGUUCUGUUGUGGCAAAUUAGAAUAUGCUUCUAUAUAUUUAAUAACCUAAAUUUUGCUCAAGAAAUAAUAUAUCUCAUUUUGUAAUUUGUCGUUGAAUAAAACCAUUGUUGGGAGUUCAGAUGCGAAGGAAUUAUAUCAUGAGGGCGCAGCCCGAGAGAUAUAAUAAUAAUAAUUUGAACGACAAACAAUGAUUUUUUUCAAGAGCAAAUCACUACAUGAAAAAUAUUAUUUCGAUUCUAACACGUUAUCAAGGAUUUUUAAGUACAUCCUUGACGACAUCCAUCAAAUAGUUGCAUGUUUUCUGUUGGUUUCUUUUCUAUAGUGCCGCAAUGCCGUUUGACGCCAUGAGGUAAUAAAUGUGACGUGGGAAAAGUAUUGUAAAAUAACACACUUUUUAGCCUUCUCUGUCUAAUAGGAAAACGAAUCAGGCCAUGUUAGAAUUCAUACUAUGAUAUUUGCUAUUGGUAUGACGUCUGAAUGACAUUUAUGUCUGAUGUAUCGCUGAUUCAACACGAACAUAAGACCGUUAUAUUAUAAAAAAUAAUAUCUUGCAUACAAUAAAAUAACAGUCCUUGAUUUAAGAUUAAACAGGACCUAUGAUAAGGUCUUAGGAUCUUGGACGACCCAGCACUUUCCAAUGGGGUCAUUUCGUUAAUCCUACCGUUUGCUCUGCUGACUUGUUCCCGUCUUGUAAUGAUUGUGCAGAAGGUACAUGACAAAAACAGCACACUUAACAAGUUGCAACAUGUCCUGAACACGGCAGCUCGCGUCAUCACUAAGAUGCCCGUCGCAGUCAUAUAACAACGGUUCUGAAGAAGCUCCAUUGGUUGCCAGUGAAAUACAGGUUGCAGAACAAGGUUCUGACCCACACCUUUAAGGCUUUACACAAUCAGUCCCCUGCCUAUAUUAGGGAUAAGAUAGAAGUGUAUAAACCGGUCAGAAACCAAAGAUCACAAGACACGCUGUCACUGGUUAUGCCAAAAACUAAAACCAUGACGUAUGGCAAUUGCAGAUUUUCGUUCACUGCUCCAAAGCUUUGAAACUCCCUUCCCGUCAAGAUCAGGGAAGCUCACACGCUAGCUGCUUUCAAAAGCCUGCUAAAACCCACUUCUUUGUACAACAUUUCGUUAACUGACCGAUACAUUGCUUUCCUUUUCAUAAAACAGCGUAGAACAGUAUUUUAUCCUAGGGUCAUUUAAAUACUUUUAAAUAUGUAUGUAUGUUUGUAUGUUUUACAUUCAUGAUUUUUGUUAAUGUGGAAUGCCUUUUUUGUAUGCGUAUUUGUUUGUAUUGUUUGCAAUUUAUUCUGUAAAGCACUUUAAUUUAUAUUAUUAUUUAUAUGGGAGUAACUAUGCGAGUGUGACAGCCUACCCUACCCCAGAUUUUUCAGCUGAACCCGCGGAUAUCUUAAAUAUAUCAUUGCCUUGCAACGUAUUGAUAAGAUGUGAACUUAUUGUCCGAUAGCAAAGUUUAUUCAUGAAACUUAGCUUUUAACAUAAAUAAUACACUUUCUCUUGAUAUGAGAAGGCAAGAUACAUGCAUUUAGACGUUGACACCUUUUGCAUUAUCAAUAUGCCGAUUGAACAAAAUACCAUGAUUGUGAUGAUGCUUAAAGCUUUA